AAAAACUCCUCGUGAGGAGUUGUGGACUGUGAGUGCCAUAGCUCUAUCGGGCAGGAGGAAUGGCGGCCAACGACGGAGAGCCAGCGCGAGAGGGAGGCGACCGGGCAGAGGUGGAGGAGGACGUCGACGACGAAGCCAGGUUCUUUACCCUAGAGCUCUCACUCACCGGCCACCGCGAGGAGGAGAAGGGUAAAAUGGAGGAUGGUAAUAAUAAAGGGAUGACCGACGGUCGGGAACUUGUGGCCGCCGCGGAAGCAAUUCAUCGCCGGGAGCGGGUGGCUGCCGUGGAAGCUUUUCGCCGCCGGGAUGCCGCGUCAGAGGCUUCGGGCAUGGCAGCAGGGCCAGUGGCCAGGCUCCGCGCGCUCGUGCGCAAGCUGCGGAAGCCGAAGGCGGCGGCGCCGGGACACCCGUCCGGAGCCCGUGCAGCUGCGGCGGCGCUGGGGGCGGAGGGCAACCGCCAGUUCAUGGCCGGCGCCGAGGCGCAGUCGGCGGUGUCGCCGAUCCUCGCGUGCCGCGGUGGCGUGGCCGACGGCGGGCCUAACGACGACGCCGCCGCCUCGCCGCCGCCGCACAGUCCCCAGGCGGCCGCGGUGCUGCCAGGUCGCAAGUCGCGAGCAGGCGAGAGCGAGGCCGGGCUGAGGCAGGCGUGCAGGCGGCGUCUGGGCAUCGGCCGGUCCUCUGCGGCCGUGGCCGCCUUGGCGCCGGCGCGCCGCGACGACUCGCUGCUGCAGGCGCAGGAAGGCAUCGCGAGCGCCAUUGCGCACUGCAAGCUCUCCUUGUCACCUUCGAGAGGGUUCGAAUCUGAAGUGAUGCCUUUCCGUGGAUGA